AGCGGCGACGACCUCAAAAGCUCCACCGACCCUUCUCUUUCUUCUCCAAAGUUUCCAACAUCAUGGAAGGGAAGGAGACUAGCAAGGAUCUUCUUGAACUAGAACACAAGAACCCAUCUUCUUUCCCCUCCUCUGCUCUCGAUUCAGCACUUUUGUUCCGUAAGGAGACCAAGAAGAAGGAAGAGAAAGCUCCAUCAAAGCCAACGAUAGCUCCACUUCCCAAAAGCGAGUUUCUCGACAAAGUCAAAGGCUUCCUAGGUGUCAUGGCCGAAGCGAACAAAAAGUUGGAGAAAGAAACAGAAGAAGGAAACUCUGAAGCUUUUGAUAUCGAAGCGCUUACGGGAAACGAAUCUCAAGUUAUAGAGAUGGAUUUGAUGCUCGGAGUAGCUGAUCUCAAUACGCCUGAAGCAGUUAAGGCUGCUGAAGCAGCUAUUGCUGGGAUUAGUUUGGUUAAUCAAGAAAGCAGCGAUGAGAAUGAUAGUGAGGACGAAGAUGAGAAGAGCUCUUUGGGUGAAGAAAGUAAAAGAAAACAAAACAAGAUCGUUGAACUAUCUUAAGAUUAUUUUUUUUGCGCUUCUCGAGUUCUAUAUUUUAUAUGUAACGCUUACCAAAUGUUAUCAUUGAGAAUCAUUCAUCAGUUAUGUUUUGUCUUGGACUCUAUUACAGAAAAUUUUCAU